CGGUGCCCGGCCCCGGAGAGCCGCAGACGGCGGCGGCAGAGCGUAGCGGAACGCCGGGGCUUCAGGCGCCGCAGACACCGACAGCAGCGGUUCUGGCGCCUGACGCCUCCCUCGGUCCCCAGCGCACCCCGUCUCCGCAGAGGAGUCACAGCGUGAGCGCCCCCCUCCCUGUUCAGGACCAGCUCACAGGAUUAAAGACCAAAGAAAGGCAUUUCUGGGCACUGAGAUCUUCCAUUUCUGCCCCCAGCCAUGAGCCGGCGAGUGGUUCGGCAGAGCAAGUUCCGCCAUGUGUUUGGACAGGCGGCAAAGGCUGACCAGGCCUACGAGGACAUCCGUGUGUCCAAGGUCACAUGGGACAGCUCCUUCUGUGCCGUCAACCCCAAAUUUCUGGCCAUUAUUGUGGAGGCUGGAGGUGGGGGUGCCUUCAUCGUCCUGUCUUUGGCCAAGACAGGGCGAGUGGAUAAGAACCACCCACUGGUCACUGGGCACACUGCUCCUGUGCUGGACAUUGACUGGUGCCCACACAAUGACAACGUCAUCGCCAGUGCUUCAGACGACACCACCAUCAUGGUAUGGCAGAUUCCAGACUAUACCCCUGUGCGCAACAUUACGGAACCCAUCAUCACACUCGAAGGGCACUCCAAGCGUGUGGGCAUCCUCUCCUGGCACCCCACUGCCCGGAAUGUCCUGCUCAGUGCAGGUGGUGACAAUGUGAUCAUUAUCUGGAACGUGGGCACUGGGGAGGUGCUCCUGAGUCUGGACGACAUGCACCCCGACGUCAUCCACAGCGUGUGCUGGAACAGCAAUGGUAGCCUGCUAGCCACCACCUGCAAGGACAAGACCCUGCGCAUCAUUGACCCCCGCAAAGGCCAGGUGGUGGCGCAGGAACGUGCCCGGCCUCACGAGGGCGCCCGCCCGCUGAGGGCCGUCUUCACCGCUGACGGGAAGCUAUUCAGCACCGGCUUCAGCAGGACGAGUGAGCGGCAACUCGCGCUCUGGGACCCGAACAAUUUUGAGGAGCCAGUGGCACUCCAGGAGAUGGACACAAGCAACGGGGUUUUAUUGCCCUUCUACGACCCUGACUCCAGUAUCGUCUACCUAUGCGGCAAGGGCGACAGCAGCAUUCGGUACUUUGAGAUAACCGAGGAACCACCUUUCGUGCACUACCUGAACACAUUCAGCAGCAAGGAGCCACAGAGGGGCAUGGGUUUCAUGCCUAAGCGGGGGCUGGAUGUCAGCAAGUGUGAGAUUGCUCGGUUCUACAAAUUGCAUGAAAGAAAGUGUGAACCCAUCAUCAUGACUGUACCCCGAAAGUCAGACCUGUUCCAGGACGACCUGUAUCCAGAUACACCGGGUCCCGAACCCGCUCUAGAAGCGGAUGAAUGGCUGUCGGGCCAGGACGCCGAACCGGUGCUCAUCUCGCUGAGGGAAGGUUACGUGCCGCCCAAGCACCGCGAGCUCCGUGUCACCAAGCGCAACAUCCUGGAUGUGCGCCCAUCUCCAGGCCCCCGCCGCAGCCAGUCCUCCAGCGAUGCCCCUUUGUCGCAGCACACCCUGGAGACGCUGUUAGAGGAGAUCAGGGGCCUCCGGGAGCAGGUGCAGGCCCAGGAGCAGCGCAUCACAGCUUUGGAGAACAUGCUCUGCGAGCUGGUGGACGGCACCGACUAGCUUUGCUUGGGGGAGUCCCGGAGGACUAAGCAGGGAGGGCGGGGCGCCAGGGCUCUCCGCCCAGGCUUUUGGUCCUGACCAGCGCCAACCAGCCUCUUGGUAGGGGCCGGCCGGGGCGGGACUAGGAAGGGAACUCCGCCCUUCACGGGAGUAGUAGACAAAUGGAGCAUCGCUGAGAUCCUCAGUCUGGUGCCCACCAGUCUAGGGGCCUGGUCGGAUUCUCAGCAGGAGCUGGCCUUGGGCAGCCUGGGGUGAGGGGACCCCAGCACCGGUGCUGCAGGGCAAGGCGGUGUCCUAGCACCGAUAAUCAGGGGAGGUACUGAUUAUGGAGAUGCCUGGGGGUAUUGGGGAGACUGAGGCAGUUAAAUGGAGGCAAUUAGACUCGCAGAAGCAGCUGGGGAAACUUACAGCAAUUCUUCAUUAGCUCACUUGAUCCCACCACCCUAAAUGGUAAACCAGAAGGGCAUCACCCCAGUUCUACAGUCAUAUAGAACUCACUGGCUUCAAUCAGGGGCUGACCGACUGACCAGACCUAGCAGCCCACCUAUGGGGAGAGCGCUCUUCCUUCUUUCAACCUGCAGGGGACAAGGCUGCCUCCACACAGCACCCCAGCAUGAGAGCUAACCAGAGAGCUGGCAGGAGGAAGGUCC